UACAGCGGGCUCUAUCCAGAACAAGUCACGCCCUUCCUCGCUCUCCCAUGAACACUUGCGGUGAGAGAAGGCUUCCCUCCUCCACCUCCUCCUCCGGGAAGGUGAAGUUGCGGCCUAGCCAAGAUGGCGGCGUAUCUGACCCACCAGCAGAAAGUGAUGCGGCUGUACAAGCGAGCGCUGCGGCACCUCGAGUCCUGGUGCAUCUACCGGGACAGGUAUCGAUUUUUUGCCUGUCUGCUGAGAGCACGGUUUGACGAACAUAAGAACGAAAAGGAUAUGAUGAAAGCAACCAAGUUGCUGAGGGCUGCUGAAGAAGAAUUGUGGGAAAACCAGCAUCCUCAGCCUUACAUCUUUCCUGAUUCUCCAGAAGGCCUAGCUUAUGAGAGACAUGACUGCUACAAGGCACCUGAAUGGGUCCUAAACUUAUGGCAUCCUUCAGAGAAAGCCAUGUACCCUGACUACUUUGCCAAAAGGGAACAGUGGAAGAAGCUGCGGAUGGAAAGCUGGGAAAAAGAGGUUCAGCAGCUGCAGGAAGAAACCCUGGCAGAUGGGCUCACAACAGAAGCCCUGCCUCCAGCUCGCAAGGAGGGACAUCUGCCGCCUCUGUGGUGGCAUUAUGUAACUAGACCUCGUGAGCUUCCCUAUUAAGAUGAUCUCCUUCCAUGUGCAAAAACACUUCUCUAAAAAGGAGAUUAUAGGUUACUAGCAGAAAGAAUGUUUGCAUGCAUUAUUGUGGUAAAUGUGCCCAAUAAAAUUAAGUGGCAUGUAAAUUAGUGGCGUUUGAGGAAUUAACGUUGUAUAAAUGUCUAAUACUGUGGACUGCACCUCAUCUGUCAUAGUAUUUAAAACAAGCAACACUCCUCAGUAUGCCUUUAAGAGAUCUCACAGGUUGUGUAUCUUUCUCGUUGGCAUCCCGAGUGUUUAAUGUUCUGAGAAAGGCCAUUCAACUAUGCUUCCCCCACCUGCACCAUGUGUGUUUUUAAUAUGUAGAUAUGCUUUUAUGCUGCUUCCAGAACUUGCAGAGAAUUGAAUUUUGGAAAGCUUGAAUCCAGUUGUUUCCAUGAUGCCAUCACAUCCCACAAAACAGUAGCUACCCCUCCCCCCCCGCCACCGCCGCCGCCCAUUUUCUGGCUUCUGUUCUUGGUAGCCUUUAUAUGCUCCUGGGGCAGGAAGAGUGUUUUGACGCUGUGACCUUCCCAGUUUGGUUUUCUAAAGCUGGAGUUGCUUUGUUGGAAGAACAUUGUGGUUAUGUUGGGACUCCCACCAGCUCCAGCCACAAUGGCAAAGGAUCGUGGAUUAUGGAAGUUGUAGGCCUACAACAUCUGGAGGGCUACAUGUUCCCAUCCCUGCUUUAGAGUAAACAUCCUCUAUACUUCAUGUCCAACACCUGUAUCCUCCAUACAUCAUGACAAACACCUGAACAAGUACAGGCUUGUUCAGGUGUUUGUCUGAACUUGUAAGUACUCAAAAUGGGGACAAUAGCAGGGAUGUACCCACAAGCUCUGUGCCCUGGCAUGGAGGCUUCUGUUUAGACCUUCGCAUGGUAUGUUACAAAGGUCUGAAGAGCAGUUCCUUGACAUCAGCGUUCCUGAUAAUAGAGGGGUUUCAAAGGGGAUUCCACAGAAUGGGUUUAGAAACCCCCUUCAGAUCUUUAUGUAAACAAGAGCUUGCACACCUCGCACCAGAGCUUGUUUUGCACCUCCACCCCAUCUAUAGUUUCAUGUGUUUUAUGCAAAUGCAUGAUCAUGCCUUAUAGCACAACAUAACCUGAGCCAUGAAUCGCACAUACAGACAUCUGUCCUGCCAAGAAGUAGAUACUUUCUGUGCAGUCGGAAGGGAAAAUAGAGUGCCUAAUACUACAACUGGAUCCAUGAAUCAAUCAAUAGGUAAUAUUACCUAUUAAUUGGGGGCUCAUCCGGGAUGAAUCCCCAUUGAUUGUCCCCUCAGAGCUCAGAAUAUUUUUGUUUUCAUAAAAUGACUGCAACAGCCUUUUCACACAAGUAGUAUGUCAGCGGAAGAGAGCCUGAGGUAGAAACAGCCCUUGUUAAUGAAGGCAAGCCUAUUGGAGAGGGUGGGUUGUAUGCUUGUAUCCAUCCAAGUCAUCCCACUUGUGCAAGGCCUGCCACCUGUACUUCCUUUUGCUGUGCACCCCCCCAAAUGUGAAGGAACCCACAAAAUAGAUUGGGGUGCAUGCAUUGCACUAGGGGGACAAUUUGGAUAGAUACAACUCAUAAAGUAAUCAAGUUUUGCAAUCAGACUGUUUUUCAACAGGUAAAGCGAGAAGCAGCUCUAUCAACCACCAUAUGCAGAAUGUCAUGAGGCUAUGGGUCAAUUUUUUGUUAGCUGCCCUGAGCACCAUUUGAUGGAAGGUGGAAUACAAAACUGAAAAAAAGUGUGGUAUAAUUUUAUGCUUGCUGCUGGAAAUGAAAAGCUUGUUGGAGAUGUUGAGGUGCAACUCAGCUUAUACUGAGAAGCUGGUGGGUUUGCAGGGAGAAGGGUACAUAGAGAACCUCUGUGCUUCUUGGCCUGUUCUCACUUUACUUGUACUGACCUUCCUUCAGGUGCUAGACUGAUACUCUUAGGGUUGCUGACCUCAUUUCCUGCUCUCUUCUCUCCCAAGGUGGGAUGAAGGAGACAUCUUUUUCCUAUGUCUCCCGCAGAGAUGAAAGAGCAAACAUGGCUCUUUGCAUUGUCAACUUUAGUUAGCUAGAACUUUCCUAUCCAGUAUGUUUUUCCUACAGUAAAUGUAAGCUUUCUUGUUUUCUUAAA